AAACUAAAGGGCAGACAAGGCUCGACCCAAUUAAUUUGUAUAGUUGUAGUUAUAUUUUGUAGAACGGAUAGGUUUUGAACUUAUGUGUCGGUUUUCAGAUUGCACUAAUCCAAACUAAAAAUCGAAUUCAUUUUUAUUUAGAAAAAUAACCGAUCAAACCGAUAGAUGCUAGCCUAAUGGAAAUUCACAUUUUCUCAAAAUAAAAUCUAAAAUCCGAAGGUUCUUUAGCCUAUCUCUACUGGCGAUCUAAUCAGAUCCUCAUCAUUCUCACUUCUCAGGAACACAUUCCGUUCUGAUUCAUCCCUUCAUAAUAGAUGUAAAUCAAGCUCUUCUAUGGAGGUUGUUCGCUGUUUCCCCCAUUAUGAUCGAAGUUGUGAAUUGUAAUGGUGUAGAUUGGAAUUGGCGUGAGUAGGGUUUCCUUCCUACACUCAAAUGCUGGACCAAAUAUAACUCCUUUUUUAUAUUUAGACGUUGACCAGAGUUGUAUGUGGCCAUAAUAAUUUGUGAUUUUCAUGCUUAUGCCGUCGAAGAUGCGAAUGUUUUUGGAUUCAAUGGCGGUGCUGGCGUUGCUUCUGUUUCUGGGUUUGAGUAAUUUCUCCAAUUGCGUGGCAUCUGGUUUGUCUUCUUCAUCUGAAACUGAGACCACUAUGCACACUAACAACUGGGCUGUUUUAGUCUGCACCUCUCGCUUCUGGUUUAACUAUCGACAUAUGGCAAAUACUUUAUCCUUAUAUAGGACCGUUAAGCGACUGGGAAUACCUGAUGAGAGGAUAAUACUUAUGUUGGCUGAUGAUAUGGCCUGUAAUGCUAGAAACAAGUAUCCUGCUCAAGUUUUCAACAAUGAGAAUCACAAGCUUAACUUGUAUGGGGACAAUGUUGAGGUGGAUUAUCGAGGUUAUGAAGUGACUGUUGAAAAUUUCUUACGAGUACUGACCGGGCGUCAUGAAAAUGCUGUUCCAAGGUCUAAGCGUCUUUUAAGUGAUGAGGGAAGCCACAUUCUUUUGUAUAUGACAGGACAUGGGGGAGAUGAGUUUUUGAAGUUUCAGGACUCAGAAGAGCUCCAAAGUCAUGACUUAGCUGAUGCCGUCAAACAAAUGAAAGAAAAGCGUAGAUUUAAGGAGCUUAUGAUUAUGGUGGACACUUGCCAAGCUGCCACACUCUUCUCUCAGCUUCAGUCGCCUGGAGUUUUGACUAUUGGGAGUAGCAUGAAAGGAGAAAACUCAUACUCUCAUCACUUGGACUCUGAUGUUGGUGUUUCUGUAGUUGAUCGUUUCACAUAUUAUACCCUUGCCUUUUUUGAGAGGCUGAAUAUGUAUGACAAUGCCUCAUUGAGCAGUCUUUUCAAAUCAUAUAACCCAAACUUGCUGAUGUCAACCGCAUAUUAUCGAACAGAUCUGUACCAACGACAAUUGGAAGAGGUACCUGUCACAAACUUUUUUGGUUCAGUCAUGGAAACAAUACACACUGAUUCAGCUUACAAAGCUCUAUCAAGAAAAACCUCUAGCAAAUCUGAUAUCAAGAUCUCUCCAGAUAAAUCAACCAACAACAAUGAAAGAAAACUGACAGCAUCAGACUCAGAUCAGCUUCCUGAUACAAAACCAGGGGAACAACCGUGCCCAUUCACACGUUUCAUGAGUAACCUCAACGGCAACAUUGAUAGAAUUGAAGAUAUUGAUUCUUAUGUGAACUAUGGCUUGUUCAUAAUGCUUCCAUUGUUGCUUCUUUCCUCAUGGUUAUCAUAGUUUUGAGCUUUGAGCAUAUGUAAUCUCUUACCCUUGAUGCUGGGCCAGUUGAACCCAAUAUGGGUUUUUACAGUAUUUUCCCUAUAUUUUUUCAUUGUCUACGUAGAUUUUUGGUCUUUUUAUAGAGGAAGGAAGAUGCUCAAGUGACAUUCCAUAAUAAAUUCCUUAUAAUGUUUUAUUUU